CUCGCAUCUCGUGUCUCAGGGCGGACAGCAAUGGCAUGGAAUAUUUCUCAUACGACAGAGCGAGACACGACAGGGAGAUUACGUGCUCACGUUUAACUUUCAAGGACGUGCGAAGGUUUGUGGGGUAGCUUGUGGAUACUCAAUAAAUAUUUGCAUACUCGCGACCUGAAAAUAUAAAUAUUUACAAGCUUUCGUAGUUGGUAAUUCCGUAAGAGUGGGUUUAUAUUUCAUGCCGAGUGUUAUUUCCGCUGGAGAAAACCACGAAAACAAAACGUUUUUCGCCUUUUAUAACAAUCUGCUCCGAAACGGCUUUUUAUCACUCGUAGUCAUUCGUGGUCACUCAAACGGGUCGUCUGUAGCGAGAAUUGGUUGCACUUGUAACUCUUGUCUGGACAAAGUGAAAUAAAAGAGAGACACACGUCAGCCUUAAGCCCUGGGCAAACUAGGAAACAUUGCUUCCUGCCAAUGUUUCGCCAUGUUUCCCAAGGUGGGCAAACACUAGGAAACAUUUCUGCUUCUCGGGAAGCAAAUUGUGUUUCUGCAACGAUGUUUCCACGGGUGGGCAAACACAGAAGCACUUGAGGAAACAUGGCGAAUCACAAUGUUUCCGCAACAAUGUUCCCUAGUUUGCCCAAGGCUUUAAUCAUGUAUUUUUGUUUCAGCAUCUACGACUGUCAUUGAAUGCAGACGGCCAUUGUCGUGUACAACAUCUCUGGUUCCCAAGUCUCUUCGACAUGCUCGAACAUUUCCGAUCCAACCCCAUUCCCCUGGAGAGCGGUGGUCCCUCUGACGUCAUGCUUACAAACUUUUGUGUGAAUACUGGCGAGGGGGAGGUCACGGCCAGGCAGACCUUGCCGGGGAGGUCAAAUCGCAAUGAGGGACUAAGGCGAUCGCACAGUGUGCAGGCCAGCAGACUGUCCAGAACAGCGGUUAUUCAAGGAGGUUCUGUGCGGCUACCGUCCACGUCAGCCAAUCAACAUCCGAUACGAGUACGAGCUGUCGAGAACCACUACGCGGUAAUGUAAAUAAGAUGGCAUAACUUGUAUACCCUGUAUAUUAUGACUUGUUUUUAUCGGUUGGUUUCAUUCAGUAUUACACGGCAGUAGAUGGUGACUCAACUGCAGAAAUGUUGAUAUUAUAUCGCGGGUAUCCCCCAAAAAACUGCACACUGUUUUAUUUCAUGUGACGUAAAAGCUAUAAAAGCUAUCGCAAUGAAAUAAAGAUCAUUACAUUCAGAAAGGACUAACUUAGAUUUUGAUAUAUAACACUUGAUUUACAUGCAACAUUGAGCGAGUUACAACCAAAAUAAAAAUAUUUAUUAUUUUUAACAAGUAUAACUACAUUGAUAAUUAUAAGGUUUAUAUGCUAAUUUUUGGCAUUUUCGAAAACAGUAGUUCAACGUUCAAACAUCAAUAGCGCAGUCAAUAUUGCAUGCAAAUUCAAGUGCUAUAUAUCAAAAUCUAAGUUAGUCCUUUCUGAAUGCAAUGAUCUUUAUUUCAAUGCGAGGCAUGAGGCACGUUUGAACAGCAUCUGUUGCACGAUAAUGCCUAGUGAAACCAGCCAUUUUAGAAGUGUGUAAAUGAUAUGCAGAAAACUAGUUUAACACGCAAGACAUUCACCACACAAUGACGUAGUGUAUUGAAAUUUGACAAGGAAUAUAUUGCAUUCUACUAGCACAGAAGUAAAGUAUUCUGUAAAGGUAGUAUAUUACAAAGUAAAUUGAUGUUUUGCAGCGGUUGUUAUUCUACUACUUUACAGUCAAUUUCAGCUGACUUUUCACUCAAAUGUUCCGAACUUCGUUCCGAACUUCGCAAAUUCGUUGCCAAGUUCAAAAGUUCAUAAUGAAAUUCACAAGCGGGUUUGUAAACUGGGCAUUUGAUUGGCUGGUUUGAUUUAAUAGCCAAUCAGAGGCUUUGUUUACAAACCUGUUCGUGAAUUUCAUUAUGAACUUUUGAACUUGGCAACGAAUUUGCGAAGUUCGCAACGAAGUUCGGAAUCUUACGGUGAAAAGUCAGCUGAAAUUGACUGUAACAUGAUUCUUCAACGUUGGUUUACUCUAUUAGACUAUAGUACUCUAAAUCUUUCUUUCUAUAGAAAACAUGGCUGGGAAACAAUGUUUCCUGGUUUGUCCACCUUCUGGAAACAUGACUAGGAAACAGUGUUUCCUGCUUUGCCCACUUUCGGGGAACAUGGUUAGGAAACAAUGUUUCCUGCUUUGUCCAGGGAACAAUAUUUCCUGCUUUUCCCUCCUUCGGAAAACAUGGCUAGGAAACUAUUUUUGCACAUGCUAGAUUUGCCUUGCCCCCAAAGAUCACAAUAUGACUCGAACAAAGUUCAUGCCAGUUUGAAUAUGAUGCCUAUAAAAAGUACUGCAUUCUUAGGAACUGCAGAUUUAUAAAAUAACUUAUAAUCACAGAUUCAACAUAAAAAAUUUGUAAAAUUAUCGUAUAGAUGUAAGUAAAAUAGAUAAAAGACCUCACUGAGGCAAAAACCGUUCUUAAAAUAUACAGUGCAGUUUUUCUACAAACUUCAGCGAAGCCCUGCUUCUGUGGAAAUCUUAUAAAUAUUGUAGUUAGUUCAAAAUAAGAAUUUUUUGUCAAUAUCCAUAUUGCUGUGCUCCCUUUUCAGGGUCCAUAGGGUAUGCUUGAUUGGGUGGGUAUGCUUGAUUAGGUGGAGGUGGUUGAGUACCAGGUGCUGGUGCCUGAUGGAUGGUUUGUACUGUGGUCGUCUGAAUUUGUGGUUGUUGACCUUGUUGAAUCACCACUAUACCUGGUG